UUUUGUUUUGUUUUUUUCGUUUUGUACAAAAAAAUAUUAUUAUUUCUAAGAGCUGCUUAUCAUCGAUCUAAAGUACUCAUUGUAAGCAAAACACGUAAUUAUAAUUGGUAGCAAUUAAAGUUUUCAAACUCAGUUGUUUUCAUCGCUUAAUAUCAUCCGCACGCGAGACAUCAACACUUGACUAUUAUUUUAUUGAUUGACAAUAAAUCCAUUAAAGGAAAGAAAAAUGACUCAAUCAAAGGAAGUGAUCUAUGAAGACGUGCCAAAGCCGAAAAAAACAUUCGGAACGCGACACUAUAUGACACUCAUGCUGUUUUUGGGAAUGGCAAAUGCAUACGUUAUGAGAACCAACAUGUCUGUAGCUAUUGUGAGCAUGGUCAAUCAUACAGCUAUUGAACAGAACGAUGAAGUAUUUGAUGAUGAGUGUCCUGCAUCAAGCAGUAGCAAUGGAAAUAGUAGUGCUAAUCAUCAUCAAGAUGGAGCUUUCAUUUGGAGUACAAGUCUUCAAGGCUACAUUCUUGCGUCAUUCUUCUAUGGUUACGUCGCAACACAAAUUCCAUUUGGAAUUUUAGCCAAACGUUGGGGAGCAUUAAAUUUUCUUGGCUAUGGCAUGCUUGUUAAUUCAGUAUUUGCAUUUUUUGUUCCGGUUGCCGCACAACAAGGUGGUUGGGUGUGGUUGUGUGUCGUUCGACUGAUUCAAGGCUUAGGUGAAGGACCAAUUGUGCCAUGUACACAUGCAUUGCUUGCUAAAUGGAUUCCUCCCAAUGAAAGAAGUCGAAUGGGAGCAUUCGUUUAUGCUGGUGCUCAAUUCGGAACAGUAAUAUCGAUGCCAUUGUCAGGUUUGCUAGCUGAAUAUUCAUGGCCAUCAAUAUUCUACCUUUUCGGUGCUAUCGGUACUGUUUGGUGUGUUUUCUUCUUAUGGACGUGUAAGGAGGAUCCACAAUCACACGAGACAAUCGAUGAGGAUGAGAGGAAAUAUAUUGUACAGCAGUUGUGGGGUUCACAGAAAAUGACAUCGCCUCCAAUUCCAUGGAAAUCAAUUCUAACAUCACUUCCAUUCUUUGCGAUUUUAUUUGCACACAUGGCGCAAAAUUAUGGCUAUGAAACACUGAUGACAGAACUUCCAACAUACAUGAAGCAGGUCUUGAGAUUCUCCAUUAAAGAAAAUGGCUUCUUAUCCGCCCUGCCAUAUCUCGCUAUGUGGAUUUGCUCGAACAUCAUUUCAUUCAUUGCCGACUGGAUGAUUGAAUCUGGUAGAUUUUCCCACACAAUCACCAGGAAGAUAAUUAAUAGUAUUGGACAGUACGGUGCCGCAAUUUGUCUCGUGAUUGCAUCUUAUACUGGAUGCGAUCGUUAUUUGACUGUCGCUAUUUUAACAAUCGGAUUGGGAUUAAAUGGCGGUAUAUACUCAGGUUUUAAAGUGAACCAUCUCGAUAUUACGCCACGCUUUGCUGGCAUUUUAAUGGCUUUAACAAAUUGUACAGCAAAUUUUGCCGGAUUACUCGCACCGAUGGUGGCCGGAAACAUCAUUGAAGGAAAGCCCACAAUAGCACAAUGGAGAUAUGUGUUCAUCAUAGCUGCAGUUGUUUAUUUUGUAUGUGCAACAUUCUACAAUAUUUUUGCAACUGGUAAACGACAAAAGUGGGACAAUCCAGAGAACGAUGAUCAACAAUAUCAUACAUCCAAAGCUGUUGAUAAUGAAAAUGGACUUAAGCAAAAAAAUAUUCAGGAAACAAAGUAUUGAACGUAAAAAAAAUGGUCUGUGAAGACGAUAAGAAAAAUUUAUUUAGCUUUAAAUAACUGUGCCUUAGUUAAAGGAUAUUAAGUUUAAUUUAGUGCAACGAGCAUAUUUUUUAAUCCAAACAUUAGAUUUUAUUUAUUUCUAUUGCAAGCUCUAUUAACUGUAAGGUAUUUUUAAAAACAAAUGGAAAAGAUGUACAAUCUAUAACAUAAUAGAACAGUGAGCGCUGAAAAGUGUGUCGUGAGACAAUAAAGGUUAAACACCACUGUAUUAGAGCAAUGAAUUUUUUUAAAAAUUGAAAGUAUUAUGGAAAGGCACAUUGACACUUGGUUACUUUAUUGAUAAUUUGACAUUAGGUUUUACCUUAUGUUGUGCAGAGCUCGAAGUCGAUGAACGAAAGUCGAUUUCCAACUCUGAUUUUGUAGUGUUGAAUGAUAUUCAGAAAACAGAAUAGGAUGGAAGCAAUACAAAAGAGCCAAAAGCAGUUACAGUUGGAAUUACUUUUAAUUUCAAACUCAUCCUGGCUUUCGAAUGAAUUAUAAAUGUCUGAUACGUUCAAUUCAUGUUCGACAGACUUAUCGAAAGUCUAGAGGUGUUUUAAUAUGCACGUUCGAACAAUUAAAAUUUGAAAGAAACCGUUUCAAUUUUUGGUCAUUUUAUUCAAGUUUUUGAUAGUUUUGAAAACAGAUUUAGCUAUAUUAUGCUUAUUAUCAAAUGAUAAAAUAAUAUUAUAAUCAUCUAAAAUUCAUGAAAAAAUUGCUUAAUUUAAGUUUUUAUGUUUUCCAAAUUUUCAAAAAUUUCGAACUGCAGGGUAUGAAACUUCGAAUUUUGCAUGGCAGACAGACAAAUAAGACAUUUUUACAAGUGCUCUUGGAAACUGUAACGGCCGAAACUCUUGAAUUAUUCGUAUCAGAUAAAUUUGUCAUUGAUCCAGAGAAUCAUGAUUUCAACUAAUAUUUACCUACGGACCAGUAACCAAGAAAGCACACGGCACCAAAAAGUCCGAGAAAACAGGCAUCAUGCUGGUGUUGAGCUGGCGUGGAGCUCUGUUCGGUUCUAGAGUUUGUAUGUACGACUUCAUUUUUUUGAGUCGACUCGAGUCAACUCAUAAAUUCUAAAGCUGUGUGUGACUCAGAUCGUAAGAAUUAUUUGGUGCAAUAUCACAAAUGUAAUUUCCACAAUUUAGUCAGGAUUUUAAUGAUCAAAUAUUUUAAAAAUUUAGUCUUCCUAAAAUAUUCAGUUGUCGAUAAGUUACCUUCAAUGUUUUUAUUUAUUCCAAAAAGUGUGAUUUAUGUCUAGUGAAAAUGUUUGGAUGUGUUUUUUGUUUCGAAAAACUUGUCAAAAAUUUUCUUUAGACAAUUGUUUGUUGUUAUUUUAAUUCCUUUAAUUUUAUUUAAAUUUAAGUAAAUAGUUUUGUUAAUUUUAUUAU